UCUAUGACACAAACUCCAUUGUAGAGAGUUGGAAUGCAAUGGAUUUCAACUUUGAGAAAAUUUGGAUGUAGGAUACAUGAAUUCGAAAGGGGUCACAGAUGUUGUCCACAGAAAAGCCAUGAGGUUAAAAAAAGGCAGCUGGGCCAAGUCCCGAGAAAAGGGUCAUCUCGGGCCAUCUCAGGAGGAGCAGCCCCUGCGGUCAUUUAACAGCCAAUCAGCGAGGGACCAGUUCAGUGAUGUGUGGAACACAGAUUCUGAUGACGAGCUCUCCUGGGAUGAGGACAUAGAGUACAGGUCAUAUACAGUAAAGAAAAAGAGAAAUGGAAGACGACCUAUAUCACAGUGGUGUAUCUUUGUACUCCUGGGUCUGGCUGUUAUUAUUAUUGCAGUUCUAACCGGGCUCAUUGUGUGGCAGCAUCUACAGAAAUCCAAACACAAGCAGACCUUUUACAGCCCUGAAAGUGUUCAGUCCAGUGCCUAUAUCAUGAGUAAGAUGGAUCAGUCUGUGGACCCGUGCCAGGACUUCUAUCAGUAUACGUGUGGUAACUGGCUAAAGACAACCAAAAUCCCACCCUCCCGGUCUCAUUACAGCUUGUUCUCAGAGAUAGGGGACCAAAACAAUGAAAAAGUUAAAGCUAUCCUGGAGAGGAGUGGUACAACUUUCAUGAACAACCACUCCACAGCCAUAGAAAAGGCCAAAACAUAUUACAGCCUAUGUAUGGAUGAAAAAACCAUUGAAAAUCAAAGGGUGGAUCCAAUAAUUAAAUUUAUACGUGACCUCCAUUCCUGGUCUCUGACAUCAGCUCAUGGUCUGUCAUGGUCAGAGGCAUCAUGGGACUUCCAUACAGCACUAACAACUAAUCACGCUAAAGGAUUUGAGGCCCUGUUUAGUAUGGGUGUGGCAGUUGAUGACAAGAAUAGCAGUCAAUAUAUAAUAGAGUUUACACAAAGUGGUCUUUCUCUAGCAUCUAGAGAAGAAUAUUUUACAAACCACUCCAGUUACCAGAAGAUAAAGACAGGGUUCCUGGAAUUUGGUGCUAAAUUAGGGCACCUGCUAGGGGGAGAUAACUCCUCGGUGUGGACAGGAAUGUCUGAUAUCUACAGUCUAGAGACACAACUAGCUAGUAUACAUGUUCCAAAAGAAGAAUUACUAGAUCCUACCAAGACUUAUCAUAAAAUGACAGUCUCAGAAUUCCAGACUCUGAUCGGUUCAUCUAUUAAACUGACCCAGUACCUGAAAUCAUUGUUUGGGAGGGAGCUGGAGGAUGUAGCUGUUCUGGUACACACCCCCAAGUACUUCCGGCAGCUGGGAGGUGUUCUAGCUAAAACUCCUAAAAGGACUCUAGCUAACUACAUUGUGUGGAAUGCCCUGAAUUCCCAGGUGGGCUAUUUUCCCGCAGAGUUUGUGGAGGCUGGCCUCCUUUUGAGUAAGGUGGAGAGUGGAAUCAAGGGACUUGAUCCCCGUUGGCAGCGAUGUAUCAGCAAGGUCAACAUUGCGUUUGGGUUUGCCUCUAGCGCCCUCUAUGUUCAGGAGUAUUUUGCCAAGGAUAGUAAAUCUAAGGUUUUGACUAUUGUGAAGGAAGUUGAGGAGGCUUUUAUCCGUCAUUUGCCAAUGGUCUCGUGGAUGGAUGAACACACGCGACAGAUUGCCAAGGAGAAAGUCCAGAAGAUUGUAGAAAUGAUUGGAUAUCCAGACUGGAUUCUAGAUACAACAAAACUGGACAAAUACUAUGAAAAUGUAACAAUAGAAGAUGGUAAAUUUUUCCAGAGUCAUCUGAACAGUCUUAGAGAAUCUGUUGUGAGGAACUUUAACAAGUUAGGGACUGUACCCGACAGAGAAGAAUGGCACAUGAUUCCAGCCGAGACCAAUGCGUACUAUUCACAGUCCUAUAACCAGAUUGUCUUCCCUGCUGCUAUCCUGCAGCGGCCCUUCUUUACACCAACAUUUCCUACGUCUUUCAAUUUUGGGACUGCUGGGAUGAUUAUUGGCCAUGAAAUGACUCAUGGAUUUGACAAUGAGGGUCGCCAUUAUGAUAAGUAUGGUAAUCUUAAUAACUGGUGGUCCAACCAAUCAGCAUUGAGCUUCCAGAAAGAGACAUCCUGUAUGGUCAAACAAUACUCUGCCUACACUGCUGAGAAUACUCAUUUGAAGGGAGAGCGAGUUUUGGGGGAGAAUAUUGCGGAUAAUGGAGGACUGAAGAUGGCCUAUGCAGCAUAUAAAUUCUGGGAAAAGUCACAUAGGUCGACAGAGGUCACAGAUCUUCCAGGGCUUGGUCUCACUCCAGAACAGCUGUUUUUUGUUGGCUUUGGUCAGCUUUGGUGUUCUUACUACACACCUCAGUACCUAAAGCAAGCCAUACUGACUGAUCCUCACACUAUAGGAAAAUUUAGGACAAUAGGAGUGGUUUCCAAUUCAGGUGAUUUUGCUCGAGCUUUUAACUGUCCUCCAAACUCUCCCAUGAAUCCACAAACUAAGUGCCAAGUUUGGUGAAAUUCUGUUCAUUCCAUGAUGUCUGUGAUUAAUUACUUCAUUCCAGAAUUUUUUUAACUGCCAAAAAAAUUGGCCAUUUUCUUAGAUGGUGUGUUUUAAGUUCUCAAGAGCUGAUAUUAGAACAAUUUGUUUUAUUUAAAGUAUUUUCAUUUUUUGUGACCAUAAGCCUCAAAAAUAGUGCAUAUUGAUUAUUGUGUGUGUUUAUCUGUCCAAAACUUUAUUCUGAAACUUAUUUUUAUCUGCAUUGAUAACAUAUAGAAGUGUCACACCUUGUUUUGCACUUGUUUUUAUAGAUCUCAUUUGAAUUGUUGAUAUCUUGAAGUACAUGUACGUUACAGGAAGUAUAUUUUUUUAUCAUUAUAGAUUAUUUAUUUUGUUCUAAGCCCCUCCAACUUCUAAGAUAAAGCUUGUUAUAUUUACAUUUACCAAUGUUUUGUCUAUAAUAAACAUACUUACCCUUAAUAUCUGGGUUAAACCUUCAUAGACCACAUUGCAUCUUAUGUGACCUUUGACCUAUUUGUCCUUUUUCUGGUUCAAAGGUCUUGCCUUGUACAUGUAUAUAAAUUAGUAUAGGAUACACGUUGUGGCCACAGAGAGUAAAGGCAUUAAAGUAUGUAAUUAUAGCUUCCAUGAAGUAUAGUAUAAUGUUACGUAUUACCUGUUUAUGUAUCUAGGUGUGAGUGAGAUGAUUUAUUUUCUAGUAGAUUUGCUGCUCAAGCAAAUUUUCAUGUGCUUCCAGGUAGUUUAGCCUUUUAUAAUUCCCAGAGUCCAUGCUUUGUGCAACUGUUUAAAUGUUGUCAUGAAAUUAUCGCAGACAUAUCAAUCUUUGUGGAAAUGAUUUUAUAAAUUGAACCCAUGCAUCUGAUGUUUUGAAGUUGACCCGUUGAAAUUUUAUUAAAUAAUAAAGGGCUACAUUGUAAAAUUAUUGUGCAUUUUGACCAAUAACUGUGAUCUCUUUUUUCUCAAAUGCAAGUUCAUGGAAAUCUUUGGAAUUUCCAAAUUAUUUUCUAAAUAUAAAAAAAAAAAAA